CGAUUUAACAUUUACUUUGGUGAUCGGUGCCAAUUCAUUAAAUUAACAGUGAUAGAGACAGAAAUAAUGAAAGCGUCUCAAUCAAAUGAUAACGAGCAGUUGCUAAUAUGCAACGUUCGAUCGGCAGGAACGAAGCGAAUUUUAUUCAUCAUUGGAAGUUUGUGCAUUUGUUUUGUGCUAGUGCUGUUUUUCUUACUGAACAAUGUUGAAAUGGUUGAAACAAAAGAGCGUCUUAAAAGAUCGACGAUUGAAAAAGUUGACUUCAAUAAUGUCAAUCAAGUGCGUAAAUUCGAUGGCCAAAGAAGUGAAUUUGGACACCGUCAAAAGCGAUUUUCGUCGGUUGAUCCCGUCCACUUCGAAAUACCCGUGCAACAAAAAGGUUUAAGAACAAAACGAUUGACCGAAAAUUUACAACAGUUAAAAGUGCAAUAUCAGCUCUGUAAAAAGUCCAGUGCCGACAAACGUGAAUGUGACAAAUAUUUCAAUGAAAUGGUUAAAAUAAGUGAAGCGAUUAAUCACGAGAUUAAAACGCUCGGUGAAGGUGAUCAAGAUUUUCAAACCGUUCAUCAAGAAAUUGUUCAGCGCGAAUUACCAUUGCCGCCGUGGCCGGAACCAGUUGGAGAACCUCUUAAUGAAGUGAAUCAAGAAGAAAAAGUGCCACAUAAUAUGAAAUCGUUUACACAUUUUCCACGCAUUCAUGAAGAAUUAGAUAAAAAACGAAUGAAUUUAUGGAAUGUUGAUGAUACACCAAAAUCACCACAAAAAAUGCCAAGACCACCAGCACCGGAUCGUUUGUUAGCUCCGAAUUUUCAUCCAAGUCGCUUACAAUCAUCACAUGCUACGUUUCGUGAUAAUGAGAAAAUCAAUCAGCUGAAAAAUCUAAAUGUUGGUGACCAAAAUGGUCAAAUUAUGCAGUUGUGUGAACAGUUAAUCCGUAGUCAAAAUGCACACUCGGAUCAAUCGGCUUCAGGCGGCAAUUUGCCUGGACCCACAUCAAGCGGAUUUGUCACGAACAACGUUCAACCUUAUAAUAACCAGAAUUUCCAAAACCAAAUACCAAAUACAAAUCAAAAUUUCCCAUCACCACCACAACAACAGCAGCAACCGCAGCAAAAACUGCAACCGCAGCAGCAAAUACAGCAACAAUUUAGUCCCAUAGGUGCUGUUGGGCCAGUAUUUGUGCGUUCCAAUCCAAUUUCGACUCCCGUAUGCAUGUUCCCACAUUGCCAGCAUCUACAAUCAGUGCAGACCGUACCAGUUGGCCAAAGUAUGUUUUUACCCCAACAACAGUUCAUAGCGCCGCAGCAACAGUUUAUUUCACCGGUUACAGGUGGCGGUGCGAAUCGAGUUAUUUUGGUUAAUUCAAAUACGCAGCAAUUCGCAACCACGUCACCGAGUGGUAUGGGUUUUGUUCAGCUCGUAAGUCCGCCACUUCAAGCCCGAUCCGAAUCGCCAGCCGAUGAAUCGGAUGAUUGUCCACAUUCAGCGAAGCACCAAUUUCAAAAUACCACAAAAAUAUCGUCGAAACUAAAAAGUGCCAAACAGAGUUCCGGACAACCAUUUAUAUCGUUUCUGAAUCAAAUGGUGCCGAACAACACCAUAAGUCCGUUUAAUACAUGCAAAGAAGGUGAAACAUCAUGUAUAAAUUCGCAUCAAUGUGUUAUAAAUGAAAAAUGGUGUGACGGUGUGGUUGAUUGCUUGGACGCCAGCGAUGAAACAUCGUGUUCAUGUGUGUCUCGCUUGAAUUCCGAUAAAAUUUGUGACGGAUAUUUGGAUUGUCCUUUGGGUGCCGAUGAAAUUGGAUGUUUUGGCUGCAACAAACACUCAUAUUCGUGCUACAACAAUGCUGACGACUAUCAACACUCGAAAACCGCAUUGGGCGCCAUGUGUUUCACUUUGGAUCAGAAAUGCGAUGGUUUCACAGAUUGUUUGAACGGAAAGGACGAAGAGGAUUGUUCAAUGCUUAUCAAGCACAUUGGAUUGCAUACGUCGUUUAUGGUGCCGAACACCGAAGGUGUUUUAUAUCGAAACUACCGAGGACGUUGGUAUCCUGUGUGUGAGUAUUCCUUGAAUUGGGCCAAAGACGCAUGCGAAUCCGAAAUGGGUGAACUGUCCGGAUUUCCAGAAGUUCAAAGUCAUUUGGGCCUAUUGCCGGGCAAAUUUAUUUCAUUGUCUUCGCACGAUGAGAGGGAACAUUUAUCGAAUCGGAUUCGCUUUUCGGAUACUUGUCCCACUCAAAAAGGACGAGAUAUUCAUAUUCGAGUCAAGUGUCCACCGAUGAAAUGUGGUAGCAUUAAAAAACCGUUGUCGAAUCUACCGAAUCUUCGUAUUCGAAAUGAAAAUGAGCGCCGCAAACGUGAUGAAUAUCUACGAAUCGUUGGCGGAGACCGAUCUGGACCCCAUAGUUGGCCAUACAUUGUUGCCAUUUACAAGGACGGAAAGUUCCAUUGUGGUGGUACGAUUUUCAAUGAGUUUUGGAUCCUUUCGGCUGCUCAUUGUGCGAUGAAAGCGGGUAGACAUUACUAUGAAGUGCAUGCUGGUUUGCUUCGUCGGUAUAGUUUUGCGCCCGAGGUUCAAAUCCGAAAGGUUGAUGCUGUUAUUGUAAAUGAUGGUUUUGAUCGAUUUGAAAUGUUGAACGAUGUCUCACUGUUCCGCAUGGAAAAGCCAUUGAAUUUCAAUCGAUGGAUACGACCAAUUUGUUUACCAUCUCCUGAAAGAGUUACCAAUCAAAUGGAUCCGAAUUGGAUGGACGGACCACCGCCGGGAACCACUUGUACUGUUGUUGGCUGGGGUGCAUUAUCCGAGGGUGGAUCGAGUCCCGACAAUUUGGAAGAAGUGAAUGUACCAAUAAUGAAGAAUUGUAAGACAUCAGUUGACAUCAGUGGCAAUGAGAUUUGUGCUGGUGAAAAAGAUGGUGGCCACGAUGCAUGCCAGGGCGACAGUGGAGGACCAUUAAUAUGCCGAAGUAAUUUGGAUCCAAACGAAUUUUAUCUUGCUGGUAUUGUAAGUCAUGGUGAGGGAUGUGCUCGACGCAAUGAACCUGGUGUUUAUACACGUGUCGCCUUGUAUAUUGACUGGAUCAAUACAAUGAUCAAUUCAGAUCUUCGAACAACCGCCGCUUUUACAAAACGUGAAUGUCCUGGUUUCACGUGUGUUUGGAGUGGUCGCUGCAUUUCAAAGGAAUUUGUUUGUAACGGUCAAGUCGAUUGUUUGAAUGGCGAAGAUGAAUUGAAUUGUGCAUUCCACCCGGGUGGUAGACCGAGGAAGAGAGUUGGCAGAGAGAAAACCGAUGACCAUGAACUUCCUGAAGGCGGCGGAAAUUCGGAUAUACCACGUGGUCAACUUGAUCAGAAAAAGAAAUCAAGCACGAAAGCUCCAGCCACUGUCGCUACAACUACAGAAGCAUCUGCCGCCGUGAGGCCGAUCGCUUCGACAACAGAAGUAUUAACAACCGAAGCACCUGACACUGUGAAACCGGUUGCUACGACUACGUCAGCACCUGUCACUGUAGCGCCGGUUCGCACGACAACGGAAGCACGUGUGACCGUGAAGCCCAUC